UGUUAAACGAGGUUAAGUGAGACUGUUUAGUUUCUAGCUUUAUCAAGACUGCGCCACCGCAACCUCAACUUUCAUAAACAGUCGUGGGAAAGCGAAAGGGUUUCUAAACGACCUAGAAGUGCAGAAAAAUGACAGCCUCUAAUAACGGCAGCGGACCGGAGAAGAAUUUCAGCGCAAAAGAAGAGCGAAAGCUGCGGAAACCCUUGAUAGAGAAGAGACGCAGAGAGAGGAUAAAUUCGAGCCUUGAGCAACUAAAGGGUAUUAUGGUGGAUGCAUACAAUUUGGAUCAAUCUAAAUUAGAGAAGGCAGAUGUUCUGGAGAUAACAGUUCAGCACAUGGAGAGCCUUCAAAGAGGUUCAGGUGGUAGCCUCAGUCCAGGCACUGGCUUUGAGUCUCGACAAAGAUACAGUAGUGGCUAUAUUCAGUGCAUGCAUGAGGUGCACAACCUGCUCCUGAGCUGCCCUGGGAUGGACAAGACUCUGGGCGCUCGUCUGCUAAACCACUUGCUGAAAUCUCUUCCCCAUAUCAGCACCGAAGCCGGUAGCACGAGUUCUGUUGGCACUCCCGGCCCUCUUCCUCUAUCCCCGACCCAAUCUCCUCUAAACCUGUCCUCUUUAUAUCCCCACCCUCUCCACCUGCACACCCCUCCAACUCCUUCCCCACCCUCCAGCCCUCCUCACUCUCCCAGAGUUCCACCGAUUAGAGAGAGACCCCAUGAACAGUCCUCUCCCCCCAGGUCUCCUUCCCCUCAGUCUCCAACACAAUCAGCCCUUCCCCCUUUCUUUCCAGGAGCCGAUCCCUCCAUGUGGAGACCCUGGUGAAUGAAUCAAGCCCAGCCCCCUAUUUGCCCUCCCCUUGCUUUUCCUUGUCCUGCCCUCUUCUACCUAAUAGUUUCCAUUACAUUUGAUCUGUUGGGAGGUGGGAGUGCUUUCCACUCAAAGGGGUGCAUCAUAUUGGGGUACAAAGUCUCAUGGGGUUGUGUGGUAUCAUUUAAAGCACUGGAAGUUAAUUUUUAGCUAUGUUCUUGUUUUGAGGGUAUGAUCACAAAUGACACCAAAGUUGCCCUCAAUGACUAUAUAUACUAGUAUUGCUGUCUUGACCACUUGUAGGGCAGGUUUAGAUGACCGUUGCUUACUUUUUUUUAACAAUUAUAUUUUUUUACUAGUUUGGUUUUAGAUGUGGUGUGCUGUUAGGGGAUUUGUUGAAAUUAUGCAUGUUUCUCUACCUUAAAUGCAAAACGCUAAUGGUGAUUCAGAAAGGGUAGAACUGACAGGAUCAUUUGUGAAAAAUAUACUCCGUCCUUGUAUAUUACAAGAAGAGAGGAGUCUGACUAGUACCUCAUAUUGAAGCAGUUAAAACUGAUUUCCUUUAUGAAAAAUCAGAACUGUGUAUUGUAUUGACCUGUACUCUCAAAUAAUUGAUAAUGAUGAUGAUUAUGAUAAAGGUAAUAAAGGUAAAAUAAAUGAAAAUGACACUGA